GCUCUGACUUUGAGAAUUAAGACACCCCUCUCUUAGCAUUUGCUAUCUAAUGGAGUUCCAAUUUCCAUUCAACUUCAUUUUCUUAUUCCUUUUCCUAUCAUUCCUCUAUCUACUACUUGUGGAAAGGAAAAAAUCAAGAAACCUAAACAAAAAACUUCCUCCAGGACCAUGGAAAUUGCCCUUUUUAGGAAAUCUCCAUCACUUGGCAUUAGAAGGUGGACUUCCCCAUCAUGCACUCACAAACUUGGGCAAAAAAUAUGGGCCUUUCAUGCACUUUCAACUAGGCGAAAUUUCUACGGUCGUAGUUUCUUCUAUGGACAUGGCACGAGAGGUACUGAAAACUCAUGACCUUGCUUUUGCAUCGAGGCCUAAAUUAGAAGCCCUCGACAUAAUAUGUUACAAGAGCACGGACAUCGCGUUUAGUCCUUAUGGAGAUUACUGGAGACAGAUGCGUAAAGUAUGCAUCAUGGAACUCCUCACUGCCAAGAACGUCCGAUCAUUUAGUUCCAUCAGGCGGGACGAGGCUUCACUCCUCGUGCAAUUCAUCCGGUCAUCAACACGUGGCAAGCCAAUAAACGUUAGGGAACAUAUCUUAAGGUAUGAGAGUUCAAUUACAUGCAAGGCAGCAUUUGGGAAUCAAUUGUUGAAAGACCGAGAGAAAUUCAUUGGAAUAGUGAGUGAAUUAGUGAAGUUGGCAGGUGGAUUUAGUGUGUCUGACAUUUUCCCUUCAAUCAAGAUCCUUCAAAUGUUAAGUGGAUUGAGGAGUAGAAUCUUGAAAGUUCACAAAAAUGUUGAUGUUAUUCUUGAGAAUAUUAUCAAAGAGCACAAGAAGAAUAUUGCAAGUGAUAAAAAGGGAAAUGGUGCAUUAAGAGGUGAAGAUUUAGUUGAUGUUCUACUAAGAUUAAUGGAGAGUGGGGAACUUAAAAUCCCAAUAACCAAUGACAACAUCAAAGCAGUUAUGAUUGACUUGUUCUCUGCGGGAACAGAAACUUCAUCAACAACAACAAUAUGGGCCAUGACAGAAAUGAUGAGGAACCCAAGUCUAUUAGCAAAGGCACAAGCUGAGGUAAGGGAAGCAUUCAAAGGUAAAGAACUUUUCAAUGAAGAUGUUAUUGAGGAAUUAAAAUACCUAAAACAAGUUGUUAAAGAAACCUUUAGACUUCAUCCUCCGCUCCCUCUCUUAGUCCCCAGAGAAUGCAGGGAAGAAACAAACAUCAAUGGCUACACCAUCCCAUUAAAAACAAGAGUCAUGGUUAAUGUUUGGGCGAUGGGAAGGGACCCAAAGUAUUGGGAAGACGCAGAAAGCUUUAAGCCUGAGAGAUUCGAGGAGAGCUCAGUGGAUUUCAUGGGGAAUAACUUUGAGUAUCUUCCUUUUGGUGCUGGAAGGAGAAUGUGUCCUGGAAUUACAUUUGGUUUGGUCAAUGUCCAUCUUCCACUAGCUAAUUUGUUGUAUCAUUUUGAUUGGAAAUUACCUGAUGGUGUGAAGCCUGAGGAUUUGGACUUCACUGAGACAUCUGGAAUAACUGCAGCAAGAAAGAAUGACCUUUACUUGAUUGCCACUCCUUAUUAUCCUUCUCAAGAAUGAUACUUGAUACAA